AUGCGUAUCCGGGGACUGUCUUUUGCCCCUCGGAUCUUCCUCAUACCUCUCAGGUCCCGCAUGAUUAGCAGAGUCACAACGACUUCACUGCGCAUACCUGGAUCAGCUACUUUCAAAGCUGCUCCCACGACUCCAUUUCUGAGUUCUUUAUUCAGCUCCAGCUCUAGUGAUAAGAUGUCCUAUCCUGACCAACGGAGUGAUGACGCAUGGCGCGCUGUUUUAAGUCCUGAACAGUUUCGCAUUCUUCGUGAAAAAGGUACCGAACGUCCCGGAACUGGCGAAUAUGACUCCCAUUAUCCUUCCCAGGGCGUCUAUAACUGCGCCGGUUGUAAUGCUCCGCUAUACAAGGCCACCCACAAAUUCACAUCCGGAUGUGGCUGGCCAGCAUAUUUCGAUUCCAUUCCCGGUGCCGUGACGAGACACACCGAUAAGUCCUUUGGGACGGAGCGGACUGAGAUCGUGUGCAGCAACUGUGGGGGUCAUCUGGGGCACGUCUUUAAGGGCGAGGGAUUCCCGACGCCCACGGACGAGAGACAUUGUGUGAAUAGCAUUAGUUUGCGGUUUCAGGAGAAUGAAUCGGGGGGUACGAAGUCAAAGGCAUGA